CGUUUGCCUACUUAGUAGCUAAUAUAAUGUUCCAUUUGCUCUUUACAGAUCAACCAUGCAGUCAAUAUAUCUGACGUCAAUAUUUAUAACACUAUGUGCUACAACGACGUAUGUGAAACAAACGCAAAAGAACUUGACCACGAUGUUCCGAGACGAACAGAUAAUUUUCUCAUCAAACUUCAAUAUCACUAAACUCUUAGUCCCUGCUGACGGCCAGAAAUAUCUUCAAGCAGAAUCUUCAGACAUACCAUCAAUCUUCUUUACCGUCACAGACCCAAAAUCUGAAGGAGGCAGCUGUAUCUAUGUUCUAGAAGGCUUCGCAGCUUACGAAAUCCUAGAAGGAGGCAGAGACUCCACAGCAGACUACAGUUUUGACAAGACCAUAUAUUUCGGUGCCAAAGAUGGCCUUUACAAAUAUCACCCAGACACUUUAUCAGCAAAAAAGUUCGGCCCGUUUAGAGAUGAUAUUAUUCAACUACAGAAAGCUAAUGGAACUGAUACCAUUUACAUACUUAACAGUGAAAAUAAAAUUUAUAAAAUAGAAAAGAAUGGGACAGUUAAAACGAGGAUGCAAAGCAUUGGUUGUGCUUUAGAAUUUGUUCUAGAUACUUCUAAUAAUAUCUAUUACGUCUCUUGUGGAGAUAGGAUGCCUCAUAUAAUCAAAAAUGAUGGCAAUGUCCUCAGUCUCACAGCUAGCGUUAUUGAAGAUUUCAAAGAAAUAAAACUGCUAAGACCUGCAUUCAUAAUGGAGAAUUGCAUUCCAUUCUUUGGUGAUGGAAACUUGUACAUCCUAUAUUCAAAUGGUACUUAUGAGAAAAAAGAUUUAACGAUCAAAGAAAAGCCUUCAGCGUUUAGUGUGGAUGCGGCUUUAUAUCUAGUAGCAGCUGUGAAUGGAAAAAUUUAUGAAUUUAAUGUAAUGGAAGUUUUAAUCAGAUCAAUGUUUGGUGUCGCUACGGAAUGGCCGAAGGAUGUGACCAAGAUCAUCAUGUCGAUCAUAGAAACAGCGAAAGACAGUGUAUUUGGAUUUUCUAAAGACGGAUAGAAUUUGUGCUUAUUUCGUAAAACGAGUGACUAGAGACUACUAAUUGACUGUUUUUAUUAUCGUCAUAGUUCUGACAAUAUUUUGACAUUUCUUUGUAGCAAAGUUAAUGUACUUUCUGUUGUUUUUCAUUGCCUUUCCAAUCGGGAAGAUGACUAAUUUUGUGAUAUUAAUUGACGCAUAGAUUUGUGAAACGUAUUGGAUUCGUAUUUUUUUCUAUGGAAUGUAAAUGGUUGAGUUAUUGAACUGUACCUUCUUCAUGGUAGUGUACAAUGUGGGGCACAUCCACCUGACCACCUUUAAGUUAAUGUUUGCUUGCAC